AUGUUCACCGAAAAGGGAAUCUUUCCCAUAGGCGAUGGCCUUUUGGAUGUAGAUGCCGAACGCUUUAACGGAUUGCUCGUGUCGCAUGACAUCAACGAGAUCUACGAGGUGGAACAGACGCCGUUUGCCAGGGGCAAAUUCGCCGCCGUUCGCCGUGCCAUUCACAAGAACACGGGCUCCCAUUUCGCGGCAAAGUUCUUGAAGCGACGCCGACGCGCACAGAGCAGCGACAAGGAGAUCAAACACGAGAUCGCCGUCCUAAUACUCUGCGAGGGCGAGGAGAACAUUGUCAAUCUGAAUGCGGUGCACGAGACCCGUUCGGACACAGCCCUGCUGCUGGAACUGGCCACUGGUGGCGAGCUGCAGACCAUACUGGACAACGAGGAGUGCCUGACAGAGGCCCAGGCCAGCCACUGCAUGCGAGAGCCACAGAACAUUUUGCUCGCCGGCGAGCGUAUAGAAGAUGGCCUCAAGCUCUGUGACUUUGGGAUCUCGCGCGUUGUGUGCGAGGGCAUCAAUGUCCGCGAGAUGGCCGGCACACCCGACUACGUGGCCCCCGAGGUGCUCCAGUACGAGCCACUCUCCCUGCUGACGGACAUCUGGUCCGUGGGCGUUCUCACCUAUGUCUUGCUCUCCGGCUUCUCGCCCUUUGGCGGGAACACCAAGCAGGAGACCUUCCUCAAUAUCUCGCAGUGUGCGCUCACCUUUCCGGACAACCUAUUCGGUGGCGUCUCGCCAGUGGCCAUCGAUUUCAUACGCCGCGCAUUGCGAAUUAAGCCAAACGAUCGCAUGAGUGCCGCUGGAUGCCUGGAACAUGUCUGGCUGAAGGAUGAGAGCUCGAUGGAUAGACAAAUCAAUGGGAGCAGUAGCAGCAUCUCAAAAAUACCCAUUGCCACCGGGAAGCUCCUGGGAAGCCCCAUAAGCAGCACCAGCACCAGCACCAGCACAGAGACAACGACAGCCAUACACACGCUGACCAGCAAUGGACACGGACAGAGCAACACGGUCUGCCUGUCCGCCAAGCCCACUCAGAUCGUGACACCCACACGUCGAGCCUCCGACUCGGACAAGGAGAACACAUACACGGCGACAUUUGUGAAGAAGCCCCAGGUGCAGGCCACCAUCCAGCUGGGCAGCAACGGCCUCGACGAGUUCGCCACAGUGGUGGCCACCCUGACACUCUUUCCCGAUGCGCCCACCACACCGAAAGUGAUCCGCAAGGCACCCACGGGAGAGUCCCAUGGAUCGGCCACCUCGGUGAAGGCUCUGGUCAAGAAGUUUCAGCUGGAGGAGACGCUAACAUAUCAACCCAGCAGGAAGCUGCCUCGCCAUCAACACUGA